GAAUGAAGGCAGCUGUCAGAUUGUCAGCGCCAACUCAACUACGCACUCGCCGUCGAUCUUCUUAAUACUCGUCUCUCCCCGUUCCCCAAUACAAAGAAUAUCCUUCACCUCGCCGGGAUAUUCUCUCGCCGCAACAUAUCGUUACAACACAAAUAUAAAUACUUUGCUACAGUUUUGAACUUCGACUUUGCGUUUUGAUACUUGGAGAGGGAAUUAGGGUUUUGAGAAUGGGGGAUUCGCUGGAGCGUUUGGGAUCCGAAGGAGCAAUGGGACCGGAAUCGAGUAUAAUGAAGGAGGAUUUGUGUAUGGAUAUAGAUCCUCCCUUCGAAGAGAACCUCGCUACUGCUGAAGAUUGGCGCAAGGCGCUUAACAAGGUGGUUCCUGCCGUCGUCGUUCUCCGGACCACUGCUUGCCGAGCAUUUGACACUGAGUCCGCUGGUGCCAGUUAUGCUACGGGCUUUGUUGUUGAUAAGCAUCGUGGAAUUAUACUUACAAAUCGACAUGUCGUAAAACCUGGACCUGUGGUGGCGGAAGCUAUGUUUGUGAACCGUGAAGAGAUACCAAUCUAUCCGAUAUAUAGAGACCCUGUUCAUGACUUCGGAUUCUUCCGUUAUGAUCCUGAUGCAAUACAAUUUUUGAGCUAUGAAGAGAUUCCUCUUGCUCCAGAGGAUGCUUGUGUAGGGCUAGAGAUUAGGGUUGUUGGUAAUGACAGUGGAGAGAAGGUGUCUAUUUUAGCAGGAACGCUUGCUCGUCUUGACAGAGAUGCUCCGCAUUAUAAAAAGGAUGGAUACAAUGACUUCAACACAUUCUACAUGCAAGCUGCCUCUGGGACUAAAGGUGGUUCAAGUGGCUCCCCUGUAAUAAAUUGGCAAGGGAGAGCUGUUGCAUUGAAUGCUGGGAGCAAGUCAUCAAGUGCUUCUGCAUUUUUCUUGCCUUUAGAACGAGUUGUCAGGGCACUAAAAUUCUUACAGGAAGGAAGAGAUCUUUCUACAAAUAAAUGGGAGGCUGUCACUAUUCCUCGUGGUACGCUUCAGGUAACUUUUAUCCACAAAGGAUAUGAUGAAACUCGCCGGCUUGGCCUCCAAAGUGCAACGGAACAGUUGGUGCGCAAUUCCACUCCACCCAGUGAAACUGGAAUGCUUGUCGUCGAUUCGGUGGUGCCCGGUGGCCCAGCUCAUAAUCAUUUAGAGCCCGGUGAUGUGCUUAUUCGUAUGAAUGGGGAGGUGAUCACCCAGUUCCUGAAGAUGGAGACUUUACUUGAUGACAGUGUCGAACAUAAAGUUGAGCUUCAAAUUGAAAGGGGUGGAACUCCUUUGACAGUGGAAUUGGUGGUUCAGGAUUUGCAUUCAAUUACUCCUGACCGCUUCUUGGAAGUCAGUGGUGCAGUUAUACACCCCCUUUCAUAUCAACAGGCUAGAAAUUUCCGCUUUCACUGUGGUCUUGUCUACGUGGCAGAAACAGGAUAUAUGCUAUUUAGAGCAGGAGUUCCUCGCCAUGCCAUCAUCAAGAAAUUUGCAGGAGAAGAUAUAUCAACUCUUGAAGAUUUAAUUUCUGUUUUAUCUAAGUUGUCUAGGGGUGCACGAGUACCGUUGGAGUAUAUAAGUUACAAUGAUCGUCACCGGAAAAAGGUAUUAGUAGUGCCUCUUUGCUGAUGUUGAUUUUCACCACUUGUGCUCUGCUAUCUUUCAGACAACAAUCAUUGCCUCUUUAACAGCUGCAUCUAGUUCCUGCUUUCAACUGCCCUUUCCUUCUGUUUCUUGGCAAAACAUGAUAAUUUGUUCAUCUACUAAUUNGUGGACGGUGUAACCAAUAUGGAAACUAGUUGGGACGGUGUUACAGAGGGACCAAACAGUCGCGAUGAUUCUGAUGCUGGAACUAAGAAACGCAGGGUGGAAGAAAACUUUUCUGCAGAUGGCAGUGUAAUAACUGACCACUCUUUAAAUGGACAUAGAGAGGAAAGGUUCGAUGACUCUGGCUCCCUAGAGGAUGCAGCUCUAAGAGAUCAAGGUGCUGCACCUGCGGCAGCUAAUGCCUCCGUUGCUGAGCGUGCGAUAGAGCCUACUCUUGUGAUGUUUGAGGUCCACGUACCAUCAUUAUGUAUGCUUGAUGGAGUUCACUCACAGCAUUUCUUUGGAACUGGUGUAAUCAUAUAUCAUUCCCAAAACAUGGGCUUGGUUGCAGUUGACAAAAACACUGUUGCAGUAUCAGUUUCUGAUAUAAUGCUAUCUUUUGCUGCUUUUCCUAUCGAGAUUCCUGGAGAGGUAGUUUUCCUCCAUCCUGUCCAUAAUUUUGCUCUAGUCGCAUAUGAUCCUUCUGCUCUUGGAGCUGCUGCUGCUUCGGCUGUUCGUGCUGCUGAACUUCUUCCUGAUCCCGCUCUUCGUCGUGGAGAUUCAGUAUAUCUUGUGGGAUUGAGCAGAAGUCUGCAGGCAACUUCCAGGAAAUCAAUUGUGACCAACCCGUCUGCUGCUGUGAAUAUUGGAUCUGCUGAUUGUCCGCGAUACAGAGCGACAAACAUGGAAGUGAUUGAGCUUGACACGGAUUUUGGAAGUACGUUUUCUGGUGUGCUGACUGAUGAGCGCGGCAGGGUUCAAGCUUUAUGGGGAAGCUUUUCAACACAGCUCAAAUAUGGUUGUAGUUCAUCAGAAGAUCACCAAUUUGUCCGGGGUAUUCCAAUUUAUACCUUAAGCCAAGUCCUUGGCAAGAUUAUUUCCAGUGCCGACGGACCUCCUCGUCUUAUAAAUGGUUUGCAAAGGCCUAUGCCACGAUUAAGAAUAUUAGAAGUUGAACUUUACCCAACUUUGCUUUCCAAAGCUCGGAGUUUCGGACUCAAUGAUACUUGGAUCCAGGCCCUCGUAAAGAAGGACCCUAUGAGACGCCAAGUUUUGCGAGUUAAAGGUUGCUUUGCUGGAUCAAAAGCUGAAAAUUUAUUGGAACAAGGGGACAUGGUCUUAGCAAUUAAUAAAGAGCCAGUUACAUGCUUUCGUGACAUCGAAGAUGCAUGUCAAUUAUUAGACAGGUCUGAUGACAGCGAAGGAAGGCUUAACUUGACAAUUUUUCGUCAGGGCCAUGAAAUUGAACUACUUGUGGGAACAGAUGUGAGGGAUGGAAAUGGAACAACUUGUGCUAUAAAUUGGUGUGGUUCUAUUGUCCAAGAUCCUCAUCCAGCUGUUCGUGCACUUGGAUUUCUUCCCGAGGAAGGACACGGAGUAUAUGUAGCAAGGUGGUGUCAUGGAAGUCCAGUACAUCGAUAUGGUCUUUAUGCACUUCAAUGGAUAGUUGAAGUCAAUGGAAAACCAACUCCCACUUUGGAUGCCUUUGUUGACGUGGCGAAGACAAUAGAGCACGGAGAGUUUGUCCGGGUACGAACAGUCCACCUGAAUGGGAAGCCUCGAGUACUUACAUUGAAGCAGGAUUUACAUUACUGGCCAACAUGGGAGCUGAGGUUUGAUCCAGGAACUGCUAUGUGGCGACGCAAAACAAUCAAAGCUUUGGACUCUGGUGUUUUGUGAACUUACUUGGCUGAUUAGGUUUUCCUGGGGGAGUGCAAAAUUGGGGAACGUGUAGAAAGUUCACCGGCUGCGUUGGUAGUUACUCUAACUUAUUGGAGUUGAAAGUCGCCAUACAUCAAUAUAUGCAAAAUCAUAUAAAGCAGGUAUCUGGCUUUAUAUACUAUUUGUUGUAAAUGACCGUUUAUCGGAUGAAAUUAAUAGGUGGUAGAAUUUUAGACAAGUUAUAAGUGCUAGCGCUAUACAUGUCUUUGUGAAUCAGAGUAUGUAAACCAUAAACUAGGAGGGGACUUUUUGCCACCAGAUUCUUGGUGAUCCCCCCUUUUGCCCUCUAGGCUAAAUCCAUUUUUUUCCUUUUGAAAUCAUUGUGUCAAUUUAGCUGACAGUGUUAGAUCCCAUUUAUGCCAUUGCUAUAAUAUUUUAGAGUUGUA